AUGUCACUUGCCUCUGUGUCUAAAACAGCCAUUGCUACUCGCACUGCCGCGGUCUCGUCCGCACUCGCCCGGAACGCGACCGUCGCCAUCACUCGCCAGCAGCGGCGGUUUAAGGCCACCAAGCCUGCUGCUGGCGCUACUGCCAGCAACCCGGCAAAAGCCCAGAACUGGGCAGCACAGCCGCUGGCCAACCGGGCCGAGAAGGAGCUCGACGACAGCUUUGUGGGCAUGACUGGCGGAGAGAUCUUCCACGAGAUGAUGCUGCGGCACAACGUCAAGCAGGUGUUUGGGUACCCGGGCGGUGCCAUUCUGCCUGUGUUCGAUGCAAUCUACAACUCGAGCUACUUUGACUUUGUGCUGCCGCGGCACGAACAGGGAGCAGGUCACAUGGCCGAGGGUUACGCGCGCGUUACUGGCAAGCCCGGCGUCGUUCUGGUUACAUCAGGCCCUGGUGCGACAAAUAUCAUCACGCCGCUGCAGGAUGCGCUCUCGGACGGCGUGCCCCUGAUCGUGUUCAGUGGCCAGGUCCCCACCGCCGCCAUCGGCACGGACGCCUUCCAGGAGGCCGACGUGGUUGGCAUCUCGCGGUCAUGCACAAAGUGGAACGUCAUGGUCAAGGACGUGGCCGAGCUGCCGCGGCGCAUCAACGAGGCAUUUGAGAUUGCAACCUCGGGCCGGCCUGGCCCUGUGCUGGUCGAUCUGCCCAAGGACAUCACCGGUGGAAUCCUGAACCGCGCAAUCCCGCGCAUCCGCUCGUCGAUCCCGUCACGGCCCAUCCACGAGAACGUGCGCCACGUCACCCCGUCCAGCGCGUCGCGCAUGCACGAGCAGACCGUCCAGCGCGUCGCCGAGCUGUGCAACACCGCCAAGAAGCCCGUCAUCUAUGCCUGGCCACGGCGUGCUUUUGCCGACAAGGCCAAUAUCCCUGUCACCACCACGCUGCUCGGCCUGGGCGCCUUCGACGAGACAGACCCCAAGAGUCUGCAUAUGCUGGGCAUGCACGGCAGUGUCUAUGCCAACCUGGCCAUCCAGAGUGCCGAUCUGAUCAUCUCGCUGGGUGCCCGCUUUGACGACCGUGUCACCGGCAGCCUGCGCCAUUUCGCGCCUGAGGCCAAGAAGGCCGCGCAGGAGGGCCGUGGCGGCAUUGUGCACUUUGACAUUCUGCCCAAGAACAUCAACAAGACCGUGCUGGCCGAUCUGGCCGUCGAGGGCGAUGUCGGCGAGAACCUGCGCAUGCUGCUGCCGCAGAUCGAGCACCGCGACCGCAGCGUGUGGUUCGACAAGAUCAACACAUGGAAGGCCAAGUAUCCGUUCCAGUACUCGCCCGAGGAGGACCCGUCGCGCGACCUGAAGCCGCAGUCGGUCAUUGUCGAGCUCAACCGCCAGCUCGAGCACCAGAAGCACAACACCAUCAUCACCACCGGCGUCGGCCAGCACCAGAUGUGGGCCGCUCAGUAUUAUCGCUGGCGCACCCCGCACUCGUUCGUGACCUCGGGCGGUCUGGGCACCAUGGGCUUUGGUGUGCCCGCGGCCAUUGGCGCCAAGGUGGGCCAGCCCGACAAGACCGUGAUCAACAUCGACGGCGACGGCUCGUUCUCCAUGACCGCUAUGGAGAUGGCCACAUCGGCGCAGUACGGCAUUGGCGCCAAGCAGCUCGUGCUGAACAACAACUUCCAGGGCAUGGUCAAGCAGUGGCAGGAUCUGUUCUACGAGCAGCGCUACUCGCACACGCCCAUGCGCAACCCCGACUUUGUCAAGCUCGCCGAGGCUAUGGGUGUCCGCGGCCUGAAGGUCACAAACCUCAACGACCUGCCAGCUGCCAUGGAGGAGUUCCUGAAGGAGCCUGGACCAGUUAUGCUGGAGGCUGUCGUCGAUGCCACCGAGCACGUCUACCCGAUGGCCCCUGGCGGCAAGGCCCUGCACGAGAUGGUGCUGGGCACUGGCCAAAAGGUCGAGUUUUAA